AUGGAAAUUAACUAUCAGCACGUGUACGUUGUUGGUGAUUUCAAUCUUCCCAAUCUAAAAUGGCUGGGCAGUGAUCAAACGGUAUCAAAUAUAACAUCUACAUCUUCUUACCCCAACCUUACCACAUCUGUUCCAUUAGAUGGUAAAAAAUUGCUGCUAGAAAUAUCAAGAAAAGUGGAGUGCGCUAUUCAACGUCAAUUGAGCCAGUUUGCAGAGUCUUUGGAAUUCAAUUCUAGAAAACUUGAUGAUAUACUCGAAACCGUAGACGCAUUUAAAACUACAGUCAAAGAAAUAAAAAAGAAGAAUAUCGAAUUAUCUAACCAAAAUAAAAACUUAGUAUACAGAAUAAGUGCAUUAGAACAGCGCUUACAAGAACAAGAACAGCAACAGCUUAUUAAAACAAUUGAUAUUUUUAAUAUCCCAUUCACUGACAACGAAGAUCUUUUAAACGUCGUGCAAAAAAUACAACAAAAACUUGAAUUAGAAGAAAACAUUAUAGAAGUAAAGCGCUUUGGUUACAAUAGAAAUAAUUCCGGAAAACUACGUGUGGUUCUACCGUCAGAAACUGCUAAAACAAAAUGGCUUACAAAAGCAAAGGAUACAAAGGUCAUGGUGAAGGAUAUCUUACCUAGCGCAUCACCGUUGACUGGUAAAGAAACCAUCUACAUAAGUGAGGCAUUAACCAUAUACAAUAAGACCUUACUUGGAAAUGCCAGAAGAGAACUUAAAAACAGCGGAGUAUACAAAUAUGUGUGGUGCAAGAAUGGAGUUAUUAGAGCAAGAAAAAGUGAAAAAGAUCAAUCGUUCAUAAUUAGAACUGAUGAUGACAUUAAAGCCUUACUACAAAAGGAAGUCCAUGUACAGCCGCAAUAA